GAAACGCAAAUAUAGACGCAGUUUUAAAUGCAAUUUCACGUGAUACAGAUUGACAUAUAUAUACGUACAUAAUGGAAGAUACAAAUGAUUUUAUGGAUGAUUCAGUAAUAGAUGUUUCCUCCACCUUCAUAGAUGUUAUCGAUUUAACUAAGGAAUCACCAAGUUCAGUUAGACCUUCAAGAUUACAGAGAAAUGUCCGAAGUGUAUCUUCUAGCGAUAAUGUAGCUAGAAAUUCAGAUCCUCGUAUAUCUCCUACUGUUUUAGGAAAUAUCCAAGAAGAUACUCAAAGGAAAAAAACUAGAAAGGAAGGAAGAGUUUCUCUGGCUACAGACUCAAAUGAAGUUUUGAUCCUUGACAAUACUAUUGAAGAAGAUAAAAUAUGUUAUACAGUUCAAUCAGAUAUUAAAGAACCAGUACCUCUUACAUGCCCAAUAUGUUUGGAAGCUAUAUCUUCCAAACUAAAACCUUAUACUACUCGUUGUGGACAUCUAUUUUGCUCAGAAUGUUUGCUGACAUACCUUCAGACAUCUAAAAAAUGCCCAACUUGUAACACAACUAUAGCUUUAAAAUCUUGUACUCGUUUAUAUCUUUAAAUAUUGUAGAACAUUGCAAACCGUUCCAUAUCUUUUGGUAGU